GCAAGCACAUUUGUCUGUUUUAGUUUAAAAAGUUGUGAUAACAUAUAGUAGUAAUAGUAAUAGGGAUAAUAUUUAGAGAGUAGAGUUUAAUGAUUAGUUAUAAGUAUAUGUAAAUAUUAAUUUUUUUCGUUCGGCGUUAAUUUGAUGAUGUAACUUAUUUUUUUAGGACAGGGGACAUGGCUUGAUCAACCGAUGGAAAAACAGUACUAACACUGAUUGGAUGGUUUCAGCUUAUAUUAUUGAAGUUUUGUACAUUUAAAGAACGACGAGGUUCGAGAUUGAAGAUUAAAACUGGUCUGGAUUAAUUAGCGCCAAUUCGCAGUUCCUGUUUGGCAGUUGCUGGAGUGGAUGAUGCAGUGAAACUUAUUGAUUUCCAGAAGAACGUUAUGGCGUCUAAUAGCUUCGUCAUAUUGGUGCUUAUUCUGGUAACGAGUCAUUAUUGGUCAAUUGUCUCUUCGGUUUCCUUAUCGGCCCUACCUCCACCUCCGGAGAAGGAUUCUCAAGAAAGAAAACUUAACAGCACAGUUUUCGGUCAAUUGCUGCAAAACUCUCACAGUAAAAAGUGUAUGUUCCCGUUCAAUGAGGCUGAAAUAAUCCAAGAUGGUCCACACAUCAGAAAACUGAAUAGUUUAUGCAAUCAGACAUCUGAAGACUAUAAAAAGUCGGAAAGCGGACCCCUCUGUAUUCUAAUUGCGGAUUUGUUGAGUUCUAUUUGUGACUCGACCGAAAACUAUAAUCUUGCUCAAUAUCUAACACCCAACUUUACUACCAACGUUUCAUUGAGUCGAGAAAUCACACAAGUAAAGGACAAACCUGUUGAUGCGGUUUGCAACGAGUUAUUCAAAGCUACCCAAGAACGAAGAAAGGAUUCAAAGCCUGACUUGCAAAAUUUGUAUGCGACCUUUUUCCCCGCAGAUGCACAAACCCACAAAGGGAGUUGUCAGUCAGUGUGUCAGAUCAACUACCCUGAACCGGAUGACCCCCUCGGAGGAGGAGAUGCUGCUUUAAAACUCAAUCCACUAUGUAUUGUCUUAAACAUAUCAAGUAUUGCCUACAAUUCAUUAGUUGCUAGAAGACUCUCCUCCAGUACUUCGCAGUCCCCUCCAGUUCCUUCAACUGAAAGAAAUAAAAAUAAUGGAGCUCUCGAUGUGGGGACCAAUCUGGGAAGUAGUGCCAGUGUCGUCGUUGCGAAGAGGAAGGACCCAGUAUUCCUGAAUAAGAACACGAAUGAAGAUGUGAAAGAACAGUUACCGAUAAAAGGCCAGAGUUCUUCAGCAGCAGGGUCUUCAACCCCCAAAACACCAUUGGACAAAAUUAAGCAUACCUCAAAAUACGAGUUGAGAGGAGGAAUGAGCUCUUCUUCUAGUUCAACCUCAUCUUUGACCGAUCUCAAAGAUCCUAUAGAUGUACCUCCUCCGGUGAUUAAAACUGACGGUAAAAAUCAACCAAGCACAAAGGCAUCAUCCCCUCUGCCUGUUAUUAAUUCAAAGGAUGGAAACCCAACCGGUGACCAACACCCUGCUCCUGAUUCGCCUUCAACACAAAACAAAGAACCACCGUUGGAUAAUAAAUAUGACACAGCGCCAGUACAAUCGGAGAAUACUGCCGAUUACGAGGAGGGCGGUCAGGCCGGAAAUCUUGAAGUGAGCGAUCCCGGUGAUGACAUGCCACCAAUUGAUACCAACAACGAUGAUGAUAUUCCAAAUUAUAAGCAGAAGCCGAAUGACGGCGACCGACCUGCCGAUAAAAACAACCUGCAGGACACUCCCAAUAGAAAAGAAACUUUCAAGUAUCAACCAAACGUGGAGGUUGAGAACAUCGAGUCUGGAGGAUAUUUUAAUUAUUUUAUCCUAUUUCUAACGAUCUUGGCUUUGUGCUUCUUGGCAUUUCACAACAAACGUUGGCUCGUGGCCUAUAUUGUCGAGGGACGAAAACCCAGGGGACAACGAAGUCGCAGAAGAUCAUCAUCCUCGUCAGGAGCGUCUUAUCGUCGGUUGGAAAAUAAUUUCGAGUAACUAUGUAGCUAGCCAGCCAAAGGUAGAAACAAAUCUAUGCAAAGAAUAUAUUUCCAACUUUUUCAUGCCAUGUUUUAUACUAGUUCCGUGCAAUAUACACUCUAUGUGCAGGAUAGAAUAUGAAAGCGAGCAUUUAUGUAUGUAUGGAGCAGUUAUUAGUUUGCUCGUCUGUUAGAAUACUACCCCGAACCUCAAACAUAGCAAAAAUAAGAAACCCAAAUCAUACUUUAUAGCUUGAACUAAUCAUGUAGUUAGUCUUCAAUAAAUAAAUAAAUCCUUAGAUAAAACUGUUAUUAUUUAAUUAGAUGAAUAUUCAAAACAAUUUAUUUUAUAUUAUUUAUAAAGUAUAACUGAAGAAACAUGUCCAAGUAAAUUUUAUGUUUUUGUUCAUAGAUGAGCUCAAAAGUGUGUAUUUAACAUAUUGUAAGUUUACCCAAGUCGAUACCAAACAAAUAAUCACUAUAUAUCCCCACCUGAACCCGACCCUUUGAUAACAUGAAAGUAUGAAAUAAGUAUCUCAACGCAUUUAUGCUUGACACAUCAAAAAUCAUAAAGAGAAAUUAAAGAUAACGUAACAAAUAA